AUGCCUGGUGUUAUUGUCGGUCUUUUCCUCGGUCUUUUGAUCGCCUUCUUCGGAUUGGUCGGUGGCAUCUAUAUGCACAUCAAAGUUGUUGAAGACAGGGCCAAUGGCCACGACUCCUCUGCUCCCUCCCCUCCGGCCUACGGGUCUCUUGAGGAUGUGAUGGCUGCCGCAAAAGCAGCUGCCAUCGCCCAUCUCGAAACGAUCCUCGACGACCGCCUGGCUGUCAACCUCGACCGCGCCUACAACACCACGGUGCAAGCAAAACGAGAGAUGAAUGCGUACCUGCACGACCAGCUGCGCCGUAUGACCGAGCGCCUCGAGUCCAGGAUCCCUCGUCCCCAGCCCGUCGUCCCGCGAAGCCCCUCGUUCCCCACCUCGCCGAACCCGCAGCUCGUGUCCACGAUCAAGACGCUGGAGCGGAAGGUAGCCGACCUCACGGCUCGGCUUCAGGCCGCGGAAGCCGAGACCCAAGAGGCGCGCGCCAACAUCCAGCUGGUGCAGGAACAGGCGACCCUCACGCACGCCAUGAUGCUGUCGAUCCCGCCGAUGCCAGACAUCACGCCGUUCCUCCACCUUCCCGGGGCCUUCGAGGCCCUGGAGAAGAAACUCAUGGACAUGCCGACCCGCGUCGAGGCCUUGGAGAAGAAUUUCAUGGCGAUGCCCGACGUCACGCCGCUGCUGCCGCUGCCAACACAGGUCGAGGCUCUCUCGACAAAGGUCGACGCCGAGAAGGCGUCCUUGAAUGCGUCGUUGAGCGCAUCGGUGAACGCGUCGGUGAACGCGUCGUUCAAGGAGCAGGUCGGCAAGCACACGGCGGCCGUCGAGAGGGAGAGGCGGUUGGCUCGCCGCAACGAGAGGAAGAUGACAAAGAGGCAUUCCAUCACCAAAUCGAGACUAUCAGUCUCGGUUGCUCAUAGCACAGUUAGUGCGAGCCCGCUGAUGAGCCCGCUGAUGGGUCUGAUUGAGGCCCCACCGAAGGACUACAACAACGUGGAGAUAAAAGAUGAUGAUGAGGAUGAUGAUGAAAUGGACUGCAUCUACUAGUACCCAGUACUAGCAGUCUGUCUUCCUCUCGGGUCUUCCUGGAGUUUCGGGUCUGGGGGCGUUCUGGAAUGGUGUUUAGGCCUUGGGAUCGGUUUUCAAGUUCCCUGGUCACGGUCUGUUGUUGUUUUAAUCGCGUC